AUUGCACACUCAGCUCAUCUGUGCUUAUAUAAACCGUACACCCAUCUCACUCCAUAUCAUUGUAUCCUCACAAGCAUUCACUUUCUUCUUUCUUCUUCUUCCUCCUCCGCCUCCAUCCUUCCAUUUCUAUCUUUGAACCAGACGUUGUUAGCAAUGGCACGAAAGAACAGCAUUCUCAUGCUGUCCCUUUUGUUAGUGAAGCUGCUCCUGAUAGUAGAGAACCACGCAACAAGCAGUGACGAACUUGCUCCCUCUCCCCAGCCCCAAACCCCAGGCAGUCUUCCCAUGUAUGGAGUUACACAGGGCAGCUUGAAGCCACAAGAAUGCGCGCCUCGUUGUGCUGAGAGAUGCUCGAAGACGCAGUACAAGAAGCCGUGCUUGUUCUUCUGCCAGAAGUGCUGUGCCAAGUGCUUGUGCGUGCCUCCGGGGACAUACGGGAACAAGCAGUUCUGCCCUUGCUACAACAACUGGAAGACCAAGAGAGGGGGCCCCAAAUGCCCUUAAACGCACUAUUUGUAUAUCAUUAGCCGAAAUCAGUUCCUUUUAUCUGACAUUUAUAUAUAGUUUAUCCCAUGAUUAAAACCACGAGGUCGUGUUAUUAAUUAAGAUGGUUGUGUAAUAUAUGUGGACUAGGGGAUAUAUAUGCUUAAUCUUGUGGACUAUAUAUGACGAGCCAAGCACAUGUAUAUGUGCAGCCAGGGAGGUGCCAACUACUGUAUGAAGAAGCCCAAUGAAUCCUGAUUAUCAUCCAUAGGCUCGACCACUUCCUUAAUUUCCCCGAAAAAUCAUGUAUCGUUCGCUUCAGAAAUGUGAAGGUGUUAGGAUUCCCGGGAA